AUGAACACCUCUGGAAAUUUCUGUCUUAAGUGUGGUUGUGAGUUUUUGGAUAAAAAAAGAAAGAGGAAUAUUACUGGCGAAUUUGGAAAGAUUUACCGGGCUGUGUUCAAUGAAAAUUUAAGUGAAAAUGAUGCUCUGCCUCGUGCAGUUUGUGCAAGCUGCAAAUACCAAAUUGAAAAGGCAUGGCAACAGUCAAGAAAAGCAGAAGAACAGUCAAUUCAAUACUUGUCAUCGUUAAAAAGAAAACAUGCCCAGUCUCCUUUGUCAUCAAGUUGUGGUGACGAGCAAACAGUGACCCGAAUAGAACGUAAGAGGAAAGGUCACAGACUUGUUUUUGAAGCCAACUGCCCUGAACAAAUGUCGGUAACAGCAAAUACACAUCCAGCAAAAGAAUGUGCAUAUAUUCUACCAAAGUUACUCACACCAUCUGCAGCAUUGUCUCAUGCAUGUGUCAGUGAACAGCCAUCAAUCAUACGUCAAGUCAGAGAAGUACAUAAUGUUGCUACGCAGACUCCAAAAUCAAGCUGUCAUUGCCAGCCAAGUGCAAAAAAAGGUACAUUUGUUAAGGUAAGCAGCCAAUAUAAUAUUAUUUUUCCAGUAAUUAUCAGGACAGCUUGUCUACAAGAUCAGCUGAGUUACGUGUACUGAUCUUACUCACGUCAUGUCAUAUUAAUUUGGAGAAUGAAUUCAAAGAUACUAGUCUUGGUCCCCAAGUAAAAUGAAGGCUGCAGUGUAAUAAACCACUUGCAGAAAUUCUAGACAGGUCUGCACAUGUGGCAACUUAAGAUGUAAGCACUCAGUCAUCUGUCCAGAUUAGUCUCCUUGUAACCACAGGGCAUAAGCACAAUAAUAUUGAAAAACUGCCAAAUUUCAUUAUCAUUGGAAGCAAGUAUCAAUCUAAGCAGUAUGCCUUUAUUUAUGAAUGCAAUGAAUAAUGAUGUUGUUUUCUUUGUAAUGAUGUUGAUUCAGUUGUAAUUUUGUUCUUUAAUAUACAAUAAUUCUUAUGUUCUGAUCAAGGUGAUUGUGCACUUCAAAUCCAAAACUGUGUCAAGGGAAUUACCCAAAGAUCAAAGCGCUCUGGGGAUAGCCCUUUGCUUAAAACGACCUGCUUCAGCAAUCAGCGCAGCUGCUUUUAAAUCCAAAAGUUUGAGAAAUUCUUUGAUUCAUCGUGUCUGCCUCCAAAUCAACAAGGAGUGUCGUAAACUGGAGAAGAAAUCCUUGCUAAAGAAGACUGCUGUUAGAGACCUCAAACACUUUCAGUGGAAUGCAGUUCUCAAAGAAUGGAUGAAGGAAGCCCCUACCUUUUACAAAGUCCUUAAGUCUAUAGCAAUGCCCCCCACAAUUUCUAGGAACCAGAGGAAGAAACAGUUGUUGAAGCCCAUAAUUGGUUGUGCUGGUGCAGUACUGCUCAAGGGACGCAAUUCAAGGUUAUCUGCUGUGCAACAUCUUGUUGGCCUUUCACUGUUUCUUGGGCGAACACGAAAAAAGGUGAGUUAUUGUUUCAGUAGUUCCAGACAUGGAGCUAACGUGGCUGGUCCUACUCUGUGACCAAAAUGAAGUUCAUGGUACCUUAGUUUUGGUCAAAAAUAAAGAGGGAGCAUGGCCUCUCCCCUUGCUCGGUGACUGACACCUCUUGCCAGUAAUAAUAGUAUACUGUGUAUGACAAUUACACCUCUUGUUUUAUGUCUUUGAUGACUUGUUUUAAUAAUAACCAUCAGGGAUUUUCGAGACUACAAAAGCUUGGAGUGACUGUUUGCAAAGCUGUAACAAAUAGAAAGAUUGCAGAAGUAUCUCUUAGCUACAGCAAGAAAGUGAAGGCGUGGAGAGCCAAUGUUGAAAACAAAAACAAAGAUCCCCCAGAAGAGGUACAUGUAGUUGGCUGAAAUGUUCAUUGAAUUCGAAACAGUAAUAGUAACAGUAAUUUCCUAAGAGAAAUCAGUCACAGACAUGCAUUUUUAUUUCCUUUUUUAAUUUUUUAAAAAUAAUUCUUUGUUGUCUUGAAUUUAUUAAAAUGUAUGCUUAUGUUGGUCCAACAUUAUUUUGCAGCUUACUGUUGUUGAAGAGAGAGGAGAAGAAAGUACUGCAGUGGAUACACCAUCUGAAGAUCCAAAUGUUGGUAUGACAAUGAUUUGCAAUUUUUAAGAGACAUUUAUAUGUAGUAGAAAUAGCCUGUAGGUGUUCUUAAUGCAAUAACUAUAAUACUUACAAAUCAUUGACAACUGAAAUAAUCUGCCAUUUAAUAGAAAAAAUGACAGCGAUAAGGAUAUUAAUACUGUAGAUUAAAAGCAUAGGUAUAAAUUUUUUCAGAAUACAUGUUGGUCACCAAAACCAUCUGCAAAAUACUCAAAUUAGCAAUUCAAAUAAGCACCCCUUGAGUCUAAUAUUAUUAAAAUUAGAGACCCCAUUGAAAUAAGCACUCCCCCAACCUACCCUCAAGAAAGAAAAAAAUUACCGAAUCUGAAUAUCUGUGAUAGAAGUAGAAUAGAACAUUUUCAACACCAGAACUAUAGGUCUUAAAAGGGAAUAGAAAUUUGAGAGCGGUCACACAGAUUUGUGUUUCUUCUUAUAGAUACAUGUACAUUCUGCUAUAGUGGAUCUAUUUACUGGGAAUGACUUGACAGUUUGUUAUUUUGUUAGGCCGAAACAUAAAACCAAAGUAGGCACCCUUACCAAAUAAGCACCUGCUGUUUAAUUAGUGCCUCCUCUCAACUCUGAGAGAAUUUUGCUAAUUCAAGCAUUUACAGUUGUUUUACUUUACUUUUUACCAGAAUGUGAAAAUGUCCCAGAUGGUUUUGAUUCAAGGUCAGUAGUGUCAAAUGACUCCCUUGUCAGUUCAGUAAAUUCAGAUUCAGACAACAAUGAUGAUUCUGGUGAAGCUACACCUCUGCAGUACACUAAUGGCGUGUGUGACUAUGGCUUGAAUGGGGACAAUUUGGACUGGCUCAGAAGACCUUCCAUCUACUCAAAGGAUAAGGACACUGAGUCAGUACACUGGUUUAAUUUGUUGGCUUAUGACAACAGGGUUGCUAACUUGGAUUUGAAUGAUGAUGCACCUAUCAGACACAUUAUGGAAUUACCCAAUUCAAGUUUCCUGCCCACACCAGAAGAUCAUGCAAAACUCAAAAAAGACUUUAUUGUGCUUGUGCUUCGUAUCCUAACCAAGCAUUGCAAGUUCUUCAGUCAGUUUUCUCACAUGAUUCCUUCUCACCUUGCUCACCAAUACAGCAAGGAAAUGCGUCAGCACUCUCAUAUUGUAGGUUUCAACUUAACUAAUGUUCUGUUCCUUCUGAUCAGCUAGUUAUUGUUGUAAAUGUUAUAACAACUUAUUACAGGUAUUCCAAUUAUUAUCAUCUUUUUUAUUGAAAAUCACAACUGGCAGUGUACCUUUAUAAACAGAUUUGGCUCCAAUUUUUCUGCAUAGUUUUUUUAUGUUGCCUCAUUACAGAAGUUAGGUAUAAGCAAAAGGAAUCCAGCAGACCACUUUUUGAAUGUAUCAGUUUUCUGAUUUUUUUUUUUUAUCCUUUGGGGGGCAGGGAUUUGGGGACAGAAAACAUUGAGGUGCUUCCUUGUUAUUGGGGGGGGGUAUUAGACUUUGGAGAUGGUCAUUGGGGUGUCAUGAAAGUUUUCUCAUGUCACAUAGACCCAAAUGUUAUCACCGCUAUUUUAUCAGGAACUUCACUGAAAUACCAUCAAAAAAGCCUUUUCAUAUCAAGCAGAAUGAGCUUACAGACAUUACCAUGCCCAGUGCUGUUUCUUGUACCAGAUCUAGAGGAAGAGUGGGGCCAUUGCUACUAAAUCAGUGGAAUAUGUUGCUUCCAAAACAAUAUUCUUGAAUGCUGGGAGGGGGUCAUUUAAUUUUUGUUGUUGUCUGAGGGGGGUUGAAAGUUAUUGAAAGGAGAGCCGUGUAGAGCCCCCACCCCAUCCGAAAGGUCAUCAAAAUGAUUAAUAAAAUGACUGAAUACCAUAACAUGCAAUUUACAUGUAUGGUUAAAGUAACCUAAAAUGGAGCAUUGCUCUGUAGCUUGCGGGUUGAAUCGGUUGUUGUAGAAUAUUGCAUUUUACCUCCUCAAAAAUUUUAUUUUUGAUGAACAGAACCCAGAUUUUUAAUUAAAGUAUCAAACAAGUUCUGAAAUUAUAAUAUAAGAAAUAGAAAUGGUAAUAAUAAUAAUAAUAAUAAUAAUAAUAAUAAUAAUAACAACAAUAAUAAUAAUAAUAUUUUAGCAGUGAGCCCACUUCAGCAGGUGAUCUUCAGUGGGGUUCUGAAUGUUAUUAUUUUGAACACCGAUGAUAAGAAGGUAAUAGGUGAUAAAUUUAUUACUUGUACUAUUAGCUAAACCCUUUUUUGAAAUCAUCAGGUACACUUGGGUCUCUUGGAAAAAAAUGAGAAUAAAAUCCCCGAGAUGUUAGAAAUUCUUCAGCACUGUAAUGAGGAGUAUGUUCCAACUAAUGCUGACAAGUCCAGAAUUCUUCAAAAGAUACCGCUUGGUGGCGACCAUUUAACUGUUGAGCGGGCUGUCAGUGCUGUUAACGCCGUUGCUGAUGCAGAUAGCCCUUAUGAAAGACUCCAUGGCCUUGUGCUAAAACAUGAAGAUUUUCAUUGUGAGAUGAAUUUUCUACAGGUGAUAAAUAAAGCAAUAUGUUCCAUUUAACAUAAAACUUUGUCCUUAUUGGAUUUCCAUUACUGCUUUUUUAAUGGUCCACUUAUCUUAACAAACAUUAGUAACUCUAACUGCACUGGUGGAUAAUUGGUUAUUUUAUCAGCAAGAAAUUUAUUUUAUAUGUUAUUUUGGAUAAUCCUAUAAAUAAAGUAUGUAUUACUUUAAAUACAAAUUUGCAGAUGCUGUUUGAUUAUCUCUACAAAAGCCAGUCAGUGGGAGACUUGGGAACCCUGUAUCAACUAAAAACAAGAUUGAACAGAAAAGACGUGUGUGACAAAGUAAACAAAUCAUAUCAUGGAUGUGAAGCAUUCUUCAACUCCGUUGUAGAUGGGUAUAUAGUAUAUGCAGCCAUGGUAUUUUUUGGCAUGGCAUCCCCAAACAGUACUCCCAACUCAAACCAACUGGAACCUGGUGCCACAUCACAGACACAGUUGUUUGACGCAGUAGAGAAACUUGUGGAGAAGUAUGUCCUUCUUGAAGCGCAACCUGCAGCAGUACUCUUCACUGAUAUACAACAAUCAGAACAUCCCCAAAUUUUUAAGUGUAGGUACCCAGAUUGUAACAGAGAAUAUCAACACGAGAAACGGAGAAACAACCAUGAAGUUACAGUGCAUGGCCUGAACAUAACAAAUCAUGAGCAAAAUGAAAGAAGUCCCCCAGAUCCACGCAAUGAAGAUGGGAUUUUCAAUUAUUCGCAUAACAUUGUCAAAACAGGUCUUCUUUUCAAAGAUUUUCAAGAUGCAAUUAAAGAGGGUGAUGGAGGAAGAGUUGAAUACCUAUGGAAAUUUAUGAUGCUGUUGUUUAAAGUGAGUGGGAAGACAAAAUAUGCUUUGGCAGCUGUAAGGCUCCACGCACAACUUCAUGCACUACUUACACCAAAAGAGGCCCAUUCUCUCCGCUGGAACCGUACUGUAAAUCUCAAAGGUGGGGUGGGGAGAAACAUUGCAAUUGAUCAAGCCAUGGAGCAUUGUGUGAGAGACACGAAGCAGCUGAUGUAUGGCCAAGGUGCAAACCUUUCUUUCAAGGUGGCUCAGACCUACAGCAGGGCUAGUGAUGAUGUCAAGUCCAUCAUGAACAAUUUUGAUCAGACAACUAAUGUCCGCAGAGAGUCAACAAAACACAAAAGAGGGGAAGAUUCAGACAUCACUACCAUUGUCAACAUUUUAAAGGAAAUUGAAGCAUUUUGUGAAGUUCCUGGAAGAACACACUCUAAUGUUGGAUCCAUCCCUAAAGACCCCAUAUCUGUUCUUGACUUUGCAGACUUAAAUGCAUGGCUAACAAAGCACAAGAAGAACUGGGUAAAUUCAGUUUAG